UCUGAACUGAACAAGCAGUUUCUCUGUGCCUCUGGCUUGUUGGGUUGUAUCUGUACGUCAUAUACUUUUUUUUUUUUUUUACAGGUUUUGACUUCUUGAGUAAUGAAUUUAUCAAUGGGGAUGAGAGCCAGAGGAACCUUGUCUCUAGCCUCUAGCCCCUGGUAGACAAGCAGCUAGGAUUGCUGGUUUUCACCCAGGCCACCCAGGUCCAAUUCCUGGGCAGAGAACUAAGCCACCGUUCAUGGCUGACUCUCUCCGAGAACGUCUGAUGCUGAGACCCAGGAUUUCAAGGAACUACAACUCCCAGCAUGCCCUGGGCCCAUCCACGUCAACACUGAGAGCAACGCCCCGGAAAUCAUAGCUUGGCACUUGCCACUGCCUCCAACAAAUUGCUCCCUGCUAUACACUGCACUUUUAUUUCCCAGGAGUAGAAAAAUGACAACCCCCAGGCCCCACAGUCAGUCUUCCAUGUCUUUCUCCCCAAGCAACCCACCAGCAGGCAAAUUCUUCUUGUCCUGUGAUUUUCUUUACUUGAGAAGUGCAGAAUUUACUUGCUUUUACUAAUUUACUAAUUAGAAUUUACUAAUCUACUUGAGAAGCAAGAUUUCACCUAAGCCUCAUGUCCCCUUCAGUUUUACCUUAGACACCAAACAAAUGGGGUGACAGACCUGGGGCUACUUCUGCUGUUUUAUCUCCUGCUGUAGUCUGUGUCCACAAAUCCCCUGUGAGACUAUUCCCACCACCUGGCCCUCAGGUCCUGACCCCCAUGGCCUUCUCCCUUGUGGCCAACGCCAGUUCCUCCAGCAGUUCUCUGCCACUCCUGGCGGCGACAGCCCGUGCACUGCAAGGGGCACAGCCUACUGGGCUGGCCACGGUCACGCAGACCUCACAGCUAUGACAGACCCUCCUCGAGGGGGACCCCAGUGACACCUGCACUGGUUGAGAUGUUCCCUCAACCCCCCCACCCCACCCCCGCGCCUGGGCACCCUUCAUGGGAGGCCCUGGGUCAACUACAGACUCCUGGUCAGUGAAAAAUGGGAGAUUAGAGGACUCUCAAAAUUCCACCAUGCACAGGAUUCGAAGGAAAUUCAGAGGACAGUUUUUCAGGGGGGAACCAAGCUUCCCCAGCUCCUGCAAGUUUCCUUACUGCUUCAGAUUCUUCGGAUCAAAAAAAGACCCCCUUCUCUCCAGAGAAACAGUCUUUGCUGCAGAUCUGAGCCUCCUCGAUUCUCUAGGAUGUUGUAUCAGGAUGUCCACCAAUUUGGCCAGAAGCUGAUCCGCAGGCGGCCGCUGGAGCCCAGGGAGGAGUCUGAGAGUGGCAGGGCCCACUGUCUGAACACCAUAGACCUGACAGCCCUGGGUGUAAGCGGUACCCUAGGAGCUGGUGUCUACAUCAUGGUUGGAGAAGUGGCUGUGUAUGAGGCUGGACCAGCGAUCGUCAUCUGCUUCUUGCUGGCUGGCCUGUCAACUUUUUUGUCCGGGCUCUGCUACGCUGAGUUGGUGGCCUGGGUACCACGCUCAGGUUCUGCGUAUCUCUACAGCUACGUCACUAUGGGCACUGCCAGUGAGGCCAGGGCCUGGAGUCUCGCCUUUGACAGCCUCAUUGGGAACCACAUCUCUCAGGCGUUCCAGGGAACUUUCUCUCCGUAUAUGCCCUACUUCCUGGCCUGGUACCCAGACUUUUUUGCCCUGGGCCUGGUGCUGCUGCUCACAGGACUACUGGUUCUGGGACUUCAUGAAUCAGUCAUGCUUAACAAAGUGUUUGCAGGCUUGAACAUUUCUGGUCUCAUCUUCAUCAUCAUCUCUGGCUUCAUUAUGGGAGACCUGCACAACUGGAAGCUCACAGAACAGGACUACACAUUGAACACAUCUGAAUCCACUGACACCUCUAGCUUGGGACCUCUGGGUGCUGGAGGGUUUAUACCUUUUGGCAUUGAAGGGAUUCUCCAGGGAGCAGCAACAUGCAUCUAUGCCUUUGUUGGUUUUGAUGUCAUUGCUACGACAGGGGUAGAAGCCAGAAAUCCUCAGCGUUCCAUCCCCAUUAGCAUCAUGAUCACAAUCUUGAUCUGCUUUUUGAUGUAUAUUGGUGUCUCGGCGGCACUCACCCUCCUGGUGCCCUACUACCAGAUUCACCCUGGGAGCCUCCUGCUGCAGGCUUUCCUUGAUGUUGGGUGGAGGCAUCUAAGAUAUGUCCUGGCUGCUAUCACCAUCUGUGCUCUUUCAUCCAGCCUCCUAGGCACCAUGUUCUCUAUGCCUCGUGUGAUCUACACAAUGGCAGAGGAUGGGCUCCUUUUCAGGAGACUUGCCCAAAUCCAUGCCCGCACACGAACUGCCAUCUGGACCAUCUUGGCUUCUGGAAGUCUUGCAGCGGUCAUGGCACUACUCUUUGAGCUCACUGAUCUUGUGGACCUCAUGUCAAUUGGGACCCUACUCGCUUACUCCUUGGUGGCCUUUUCUGUGCUUGUCCUCAGGUAUCAACCAGAACAGAAUUUAAGCCAGAAUGAGACAGCAGAAGAGGAAAUAGAUAUUUUUCAGUUGGAAGCAAGGCCUUUACAAUCUGUACCUGAAGCAGAAAAUUCAACGAUUCUGAAGACUCUGUGGUUCCCUUCCAGCACUAUCCCCACUCGGAAAUCUGGGCAGAUUGUCUAUGGAUGUGCCUUCCUGCUUGUUCUCCUGCUGACGAUCCUGAGCCUGAUCCUGGCCCUGUUGACCAGCCAGGUGUUCUCUGGACUCCCAGUGUACACAACAGUGACUGUGCUGCUGCUGCUCAUCAUUGGGGUCACGGCCAUCAUCUGGAGGCAGCCCCAGAACCCCUCUCCUCUUCACUGCAAGGUCCUUUGUUGGCCUGUCCUCCCACUGGUGAGCAUCUUUGUGAACGUUUACUUGAUGAUGCAGAUGAACACUAGGACCUGGGUCCAGUUUGGCCUCUGGAUGGGGAUUGGAUCUGUCAUAUACUUUGGAUAUGGUAUCCGACACAGCCUGGGGGAGAACAAUGAUCAACAGCUGCCGGCCUCCAAUCCCCAAAUGCUUGAUGGAAACAUCCCUGGUGAUUAAUCUUCUUAACCACAGGACAUAGAUAGUGUGUGGAAUUCCUCCAGACUCAGAAGUCUCUUUUGGUUCAAGUGGCACUUUGAGCCUCUGUGGAGCCUGAAGGUGAAAUGCAUUUACAGCUAUGUGCUUAUUGCCAGCAGAUAAAAUGACUUUACUGUUGAAUAAUUUCGAAGUAAACUUUUCAAAGCAAAAUAUAUAUUCAGAAAAGCACAUGCUUCAUAAGUGAGCCUCAAGGUGAAUUUCCACAAAGAAAGUACAACAAAAUAACCAUCAACCAGAGAAAGUACUAAAAUAUUAAUGGGUGUAUAAGAAGCACCUUCUUGUGUCUGUUUCCACUGAAAAUGCAGAGAUUGUGACCUGGGAAGGAAAUGUAGGUAAGUAUAUUUUCUGCCCAGGGUUAUACUUUAAACAUUAAGACAUAAAUAAGUUGGAAGUAAAAGGAGGGGAACAAACACUCUGUACAAACAGUGACACAAGAAUGCUAGGGCAGCUAUCUUAUUAUAGAACAAAGUAGAGUUUAAGAAAAAGAGAAUAACAGAUAAAAUAGAUCAUUGAGUAAUGAUAAAGGGAAAUGCUCAUUUUAAUCUCUUCCCCCAGCUUAUUGAGAUGUAGUGUAAUAUCGUCCAAAUGAUCAUUUCUCUUUACUCUUCUGUGGUAGAACGUUAGAGUUAUACAACAGAGUUGAUGAGAAAAAGUUCUUAAUUGAAAAAACAACAAGGACACCUGCGUUGCUAGAGGGAAGGAAAUGGGAUGGGAAGUAAUAAUUGGCUGAUGAAUGCUUACAGUUGGGUGAAGCUAAAAGAUGGGAAAUGAACCUGGAGAAACAAGAUGAAAAGUGGUUGCUGCAGAACAGAAUGCUUGAAACUGAGAUCAUGGACUUUCAUGAUGUUGGUGAUAAUGAUAUAGAGGGUUGUUUGUGGGAAUGAACAACUGAAGUAGAGUAAAAGGGGGAUGGAAGUCAAGAAACUAAACAGCAAAAUUAUCAGAUGGAUUAAAGAAUAAAUGAAGGAAGAUGAACAGAAACGGAGAUAUCACUAUCUUGCGAGUUUGAAUGAAAUUACUGGAUUAGAAAUUAAUGGGGACUGAAACUGUCAGGUGAAACUUUGAUGGAAGAGGUUGACAUCACCUGAUUGUCAUUCUUCCCUUACUGAUGAGGGACACCCAGGUUUUGUGCUACCCAAUGUGCUGUGAUAAGCAGUACAGGACACUUCCUAGAACAUAGCCUUGAUGACAAACUGCAUCAGAAUAUAAUCAAGCCUCUAGAGCAACUCCCAGCUCACAGCAGGUAUAAAGGAUAGAUUCACAUUUCAACUGAAAAUGCCAUCAGCCAAAACCAGAAUGUGGGUAAUUCUCCAGGAAAGAAAAUGGUGCUUUUUCAUGACUAUUAAAUGGUAUGGGGAAUUCCCUGGUGGUCUAGUCAUUAGGACUCCAUUUUUCCACUAUAGGGUGUGCAGGUUCUGUCCCAGAUGGGGGAACUAAGAUCCCACAAGCUGCACAGUGCAACCAAUAAAAUAAGUGACGUGACCCAAAUUGGAGACUCAUUCAUUAAUCAAAUACGAUUACCUAUAUGGGUAUACGCUGGAAAUAUUGCUGGUUGGGUCCAGAUGACCCAAUUUUUAAAAAACUGGCAAUAAAAGAGUCAUACACAAAUUUUUUAGUUUCCCCAUGCAUGUAAAAGUCAUGUUUUAAAAAAGUUAUGUUAUACUAUACUAUACUCAGUGUGAAAUAACAUUUCGUUUAAAAAAGUACACACCUUGAUUUAAAAAUACUUUUUUCUAAAAUAUGGUAAACAUCAACUGAUAACACAGUGGUCACAAAUCAAUUUGUAAAACAUGCAGUAUUUGUAAAAAGUGAAGCAUGUGUGUACAUGUGAAUA